AUGCCGAGACAUUUAAAGAUGGAGGGAGGACAACGGAAGGUCGCUGAUGGUUCAGGAUCACCCAGGACAAAGUUCGAGGGUAGAGGCAACACCACCCGCUCCACUGGCAGCUGCAACAAUGUGCAGGAGCAUGUCAGUGUGAGGAAGAGGAGGACGGGUGAUGAUGGAGAGGUGCCCCCCAAAAGGAGGAGGUGUAGUGACCUCACCAAGCUCGCUGAACACAGUGAGGUGUCAGCGGAGGACUCAAGGAUCCGGCAGGGCAAGAGGAAGGCCAGUGCUGAUGCCGGAGCACCUGAAAAAAGAUCAAGGUGUAGCAUCGACAACAGCGACAGCAAUGACCCCAGUGAGCUGUCAGUGGAGGAUGGAAGGAUCCGUCCUGGCAAGAGGAAGGCCAGUGCUGACAGUGACGCACCCGAGAAGAAGAUGAGGUGCAGCUCUGAGUCCUUCAGCCGUCCCACUAGCACCACUGAAUCCAGUGGUAAGCUGGAGAAUGUCAGUUCUGAUUUUGAGGACAAGUACCGUCAGCUCGGUCCGUUGGGCGCAGGAGGCUUCGGCUCAGUGUUCACUGGCCUCCGGAAAUCAGACAAUUUACUAGUGGCCAUCAAGCACAUUCCCAGAGGGUCUGUGAGAUGUGAAAGAGUGAUGUGCAAUGGCAAGGAAUUUGACAUCGUCCUCGAGGUGUUCUUCAUGCUCAAAAUCGCAGGUCUGCCAGGAUCCACUCGAGAAUCUGCUGCUGUGUCCCUGCUGGACUGGUACCUUCGGGACCAGGAGCUGAUCCUGGUAAUGGAGAAACCAAAGGCCUCCAUGGACCUUCACAAAUAUGUGAAAUCCUGCGGAGGAUCCCUGGAUGAACAGGAGGCAAAGAUGAUCCUGAGACAGCUGGUGGACGCGGCCGUGGACAUGCACUCCAAGGGCGUCUUUCACCGGGACAUCAAGUUACAAAAUGUCCUGGUUCAGUUGGACUCGGACGUACCGAGAGUGCGAAUCAUCGACUUUGGCUGUAGCAGCUUCUCGACGGAGGACACUUACACUUCUAUUUGUGGUACCCGUGUAUACUUCCCUCCAGAGUGGUUUAAUUAUCAGGCCCACUGGGCCCGUCCCACCACUGUGUACCAGCUGGGGGCGCUCUUCUAUUCUUUGCUGAGAGGACACAAGUUUUUCACCACCUGGACCUACCACAGCGGCCGCAUUAGGAUCAACCCUGAACUGUCUACAGAUGUGAAGCUCUUGCUACUUAGGUGUCUGGCCAGUGACCCGAUGGAGCGAGCCACGCUGGAGGAGCUACAGAUGAACUCCGCCCUCAGAGAGCUCAGCCCUCCACCCGUCCUGAGGCCUCCAUCAUAA